GCACUGUUAGCCUGCUGUCAGCGUAAAGCACUACCUCAACUUCACAACAAAAUCUCGCUGUUUUCCCCCUCAAUGACCGCCACAAUAGAAAGGAAAUAACACCGACGUGAACCUGGCGAACACACAACGUAAAGCAUUCCGUUUCCUCUGAUUCAUGGACUUGUGAAGUAUUUUUAAUUUCAUCGCUGGUCUGACAUGGCUGCGAACCCUCCAGGACCAGGCUUUCAAAACAAGACCCGAGUGGCCAUCCUGGCGGAGCUGGACAAAGAGAAGCGGCGGCUGCUGCAGAGCCAGUCCAUGAACAGCCCCGGAGCCAACAUCCCUCUGUCGUCUCGACCCAGUCUGAAGGAUGUGAGGGACAGCGCGGAGCAGCAACACAUCGCCGCCCAGCAGAAGGCCGCCCUGCAGCAUGCUCACGUCCACUCGUCCGGCUUCUUCAUCACUCAGGACUCCUCGUUUGGGAACCUCAUCCUCCCUGUGCUGCCCCGGCUGGAGCCCGAUUUAUGAACCUCCCAACUAACACCACCGUGGCUAGACUUUUGACAACAACUCCAAUGCACAGAAAACACUUAUUAUUUUUUAUUUUUUUUGUAUUUUUGGGACUCUUGAGUCAGAAUGGUGAUUUGACCAUCCACAAAGUCUCCUCCAGAAUAAAACAUGACACUUGAACUCAGUCAGUGUUGCUCUCACGGGGAACAUCUAAUGAUUACCUACACCUGUAAACAGCCAAACAGAAUAUGACCAGUCAUUAUAGACUAUUUAGUGAUAUCAUAACACAUUUCCAACACACUAAUAAUCAAAACUUUUCUAUGCAGUGGGAUGAUUGGGAUGAAUGUGAUUAAGGGAGUCAUCAUUGCCCGAGAACAUUUACUGUGAAAAUGUACAUUUUUGGAAACGAAAUGGCUGCAGGACGAAUUUUUUUCUCUACAAAACAUGAGGCAGUGUGGAAUGAACUUACCAAAGUGAAUAUGAUCAAUUUCUGAAGAGCCAAGUGUGAAAACUAGUUUUACCAUUUUAAUAGCUUCAUAAUGUGCUUGUGGCAUAGCCUUUAUCGUAAUUAAUGAAAUUCACAUUCAUCAUAUAUUAACCCUGUUUUUUUUUUUGUUGCUCUUUGUGUUUUUCCAGCGAAUGAUUUAACCCUAGAUUUAAAUCAUGAAACACUGUCUUUUUAUUUGCCUUUUGUGUGAAGUUAAAGGGAACAUGGGUUCACUGUAAAAUGCACAGUCAUGUAUACUGUAUUUUUCUGUGAUGUCAUCUUCUCACAAUCUGUUUAAUCUUUAAUCUUCUUAUUAUCUGUUUAUCUUAAUGUCAUUUGUUAUUUUUCACUUCUUCAAUUGUAUUGUUUUUACCUUUAACAGCCUUUCCAGACCUAUUGUUUCUAAUUGAGUCCUUCAUUUGCAUUUAUUCUUGUUUAUCUGCUCACAUUUUGUUCUUGUCCUUUUGUUUAAAAUAGAUCACUCAA